GUCGACACAAGAGCUGCUUAGAAAGGACCAAACUAAAAUACCCGACCCACCCAGAGCACUGACUGUGACUCCUUUUGACGCCCCGCCUCUGGACUAUGCGAUCAGGAGCUCCAGUCAAAUGAUGUCUAACAAGGAAGACCUCAGCCUGAGAAAGUCCUCUCUGCAGCAGACCCAAGACUCAAACCUGGAGCUCAGCAGAGUGAGACAGUUUGCUGUGGCCCUCACUCUGGAUCCAGACACGGCUCAUGUUAACCUGUGUGUGUCUAAAGAUCUCAAACAGGUUCAUCACACGGAUCAGAGGAACUUCACGGAUGGUCCUGGCAGAUUUUCUUAUUACAAUGUUUUUACAAAGCAGGGUUUUUCUUCUGGAAAGUUCUACUUUGAGGUUCAAGUCAGGGAUAAGACUGUGUGGGUUUUGGGAGUGGCCAAAGAAUCUGUGGAUCGAAACAACAGAAAAUCGUUAUGCAGUGAAAAUGGAUUCUGGUGUUUAGAUAUGAAAAUAAAAAAUGGUUCGUGCUUUGUCUGCGCUGAGCCUUGUGCCCCUGUGUCCCUAAAGUGUCCUCCUCAGAAGGUGGGGGUGUUUGUGGACUAUGACGAGGGUCUGGUCUCCUUUUACGACGCUGAUUCUGCAGAUUUCAUCUACUCCUUCACCGGCUGCAGCUUCAACGACAAACUGUUUCCAUUUUUAAAUCCUUGUGUUAAUUGUCAUGGUGAAAACUCCGCUCCUCUGGUCCUUACUGCAGUGGAGAAGUGA